AUGAGCCAGCGGCAAAUACUGCAAGAUGGGUACGUAGAAAGAGUGGUACAUGAAGGAUUGAAAUAUGUGAAUAUUACUUGGAAGCACCCAGUAAACUGGGACGUUGCUGUUACAGGAUCAUGGGACAACUGGCAAACCAGGGAAGCCCUGCAGUUGCAGACUCCCCCUCAUGUUUAUGGCAUUUUUAAAGCACUCAAAACAGGUGUCUAUCAUUACCGUUACAUUGUAGGUGGCUAUCACACCCAUGCUCCAGAAUUCCCCUGGGCUCUUGAUGCUUCUGGUUGCCCCUACAAUAUCUUGGAUUUGCGGGAUUUUAUUCCAGAAAUGGUUGCAACGUUAGGUGAUACCGAAUGUCCUCCAUCCCCACCAUGGAGUUAUGAUAACAUGCCCUUCAAUGACAAAGAGUUUGACAAGCCUCCGCCCAAGUUACCACGAAAACUACCACUGAUAACAAGUGAUGACCCUUCUUAUUCAUCCACGAUUCUCCCUAGACCCUCACAUGUGGAACUCAAUCAUCUAUAUAUCCACAAAACCCACGGGCCUGGGGGUGAAUUCAGGGCCCUGCGUUCCACCCAGAAGUUUGGACACAAAUAUGUCAGCAUUGUUUGA